AUGUCAAAUCCUGCUGUGUUAGCUGCCGCUGCUGCCUCCUCCCAACCCAACAUGAGCAGUGCAUCCUCCUCCAACAACUCUGUGGUGGGCUUGCACUACAAGAUCGGCAAGAAAAUCGGCGAAGGCUCGUUUGGUGUGCUCUUUGAAGGCUCCAACAUCAUCAACGGUGUGGCCGUGGCCAUCAAGUUCGAGCCGAGAAAGACAGAGGCCCCUCAGUUGAGAGACGAGUACAGAACGUAUAAACAUUUGCAAGGAUGUGAAGGGAUCCCCAACGCCUACUAUUUUGGUCAGGAAGGAUUGCAUUCGAUUCUUGUCAUUGAUCUUUUGGGACCCUCUCUCGAAGAUUUGUUUGACUGGUGUGGCCGCCGUUUCAGUGUGAAGACGGUGGUGCAAGUGGCUGUGCAAAUGAUCGACUUAAUAGAAGAAGUGCACCGCCAUGACCUCAUCUACAGGGAUAUCAAGCCCGACAACUUCUUGAUCGGAAGACAAGGCUUCCCUGACGAAAACAAGGUACACUUGAUCGACUUUGGCAUGGCCAAACAGUACAGAGACCCACGCACAAAGCAGCACAUCCCUUACCGAGAAAAGAAGUCCUUGAGCGGCACCGCCAGAUAUAUGUCGAUCAACACCCAUUUGGGUAGAGAGCAGCUGAGAAGAGACGACUUGGAGGCGCUCGGACAUGUGUUUUUCUACUUUUUGCGUGGGCAAUUGCCUUGGCAGGGAUUGAAAGCCCCAACCAACAAGCAAAAAUACGAGAAGAUUGGCGACAAAAAGAGAACCACGUCGGCAAAUCUCUUGUGUGAGGGCUUGCCCCGCCAGUUUGCCGAGUACCUAGACGCCGUUAGAUCGUUGCCAUUUGAAGCGGACCCAGCGUAUGAGGAGUACAGAAUGUUGCUUCUUUCCGUCUUGGACGAUAUGGGCACCCACUGCGAUGGCGUGUUUGACUGGAUGAACUUGAACGGCGGCAAAGGGUGGGACGCUGCCAUCAACAAGAAGCCAAACUUACACGGCUACGGCCAUCCCAACCCACCAAACGAGCGUGACAGACGUCAUCGCGAGCAGCGUAGAAACAGACCUCACCAUUCGCAGGCGGGCGGCAGUCAGAUCCCUUCGUCGGCAGCCAAUAACAACUUGAGCAAUAAUGUUUCACCAGGACAACAGCAGCAGAUCUCUGCUGCGCAAACUCACCAGCAGAAGUUGCAACACCUCAUCAACAGGCCAUUGCCUCCAAUCAAGCAAGAGGCCCCCACACGCUCGACCAUGGGCAUCAUGCAAAGCAACGACGCCAUGGGAGGGCAGGGCAACUAUAAAAACUCUCCAUCAAACUAUGUUAAUGGCCAGAAUGGCUACCAGUACGAGCAACAACAGCACGUUUCUGAGGAGGAGAGUAAGGGCUUUUGGUCGAAAUUGUGCUGCCACUAA